AUGGACAGCUGUGUGGCUCUCAUUGUUCUGUCCUCCACAAUCUCACUCACCACAGCAGACAGUGUGAGGUUGGUGGAUGGUGGCAGUCGCUGUGCUGGGAGAGUGGAGGUUCUUCAUAAUGAUCAGUGGGGAACAGUGUGUGAUGAUGGCUGGGGUAUAAGAGAUGCUGCAGUGGUGUGUAGAGAGCUGGGCUGUGGAAACGCUUUAAAUGUACUGAGAGAUGCUCAUUUUGGACGAGGAUCUGGACGAAUCUGGAUGGAUAAUGUGGACUGUAGUGGGUCAGAGUCUACACUGAAGAACUGUAGAUCAAGAGGAUGGGGUAAACAUUACUGUAAUCAUGGUGAAGAUGCUGGAGUCAUCUGCUCAGGUCAGAUGCUCAGACUUGCUGAUGGUCCACAUCUGUGCUCUGGGAGAGUGGAGGUGCUUCAUGAAGAGAACUGGUCCACGAUGUGUGAUGCUGGAUUUGACCAGCAGGAUGCAGAGGUUGUGUGUCGAGAGCUGGGCUGUGGGCUUGCUGUGGAGGUGCUGGGAGCAGCUGCUUUUGGCAGAGGGGAGGGUCAGGUGUGGUCAGAGGAGCUUCAGUGUAGAGGCAACGAAUCUCAGAUUUACUUAUGUCCGACAUCAUCUUCACUCAAACACAACUGCUCCCAUGACAGUGAUGUGGGACUGGUGUGCUCGGGUCACACUCAGGCUCGGCUGGUGAACAGCUCUGACUCCUGUUCUGGUCGAGUGGAACUCCAGUACCUCAGUGAGUGGGGCACAGUGUGUGAUGUAAGCUGGGAUAUGAGAGCUGCCAGUGUCCUCUGUGGUCAGCUGAAGUGUGGGAGUGCUGUGGCUGUGUUGGGGUCAGACUGGUUUGGGGAAGGGAGUGGCCGGAUCUGGGCUGAUGUGUUUGAUUGUCAGGGUAACGAAACACACCUGUCAAAAUGUCCCAUUUCAUCAUGGAGUCGAACGGCAUGCUCUCAUAAACAGGAUGCUGGAAUCAUCUGCAGUGAUUCCUCUCUGGCAUUCCAUGAGGGGCGAGUGCGGUUGUCUGGAGGGAUGGAGUGUGAGGGGGAGGUGGAGGUGUACUUCAGGCAGGACUGGAGGAGAGUUCUGCUGGACUCCUGGAGUGAGUCUGAGGCCUCUGUGGUCUGCAGACAGCUGGGCUGUGGCUCUGUGCUCAACUUCUCCAGCUCCUCUCCAUCCAGUCCUGAACACAGACACAUGUGUGUGACGGGUUUUAAUUGUUCUGGGAGUGAAGCUCAUCUGGGGAACUGCAGCAGCACACAAGCAGUCAACUGCAGCUCCAGAGAACAGCUCUCAAUCACCUGCUCUGGUAAGUUUAAUUCAGCUAACAGCUCCAUCAGGCUGGUUGGUUCUGGGGGAGACUGUGCAGGAAGGCUGGAGGUUUUCCACAGCGGCUCAUGGGGGACAGUGUGUGAUGACUUGUGGGAUAUUAAGGAUGCGCAGGUGGUGUGCAGACAGUUGCAGUGUGGAGUGGCCCUCAGUGACCCAGUACCAGCUUGGUUUGGACCUGGAACUGGACCCAUAUGGCUGGAUGAGGUGGAGUGUGAGGGUAACGAGACGUCCCUGUGGAACUGCAGAUUUCAGCUGUGUGGAGAGAAUGAAUGUGGACACACUGAGGUUGUAGGGGUUGUGUGCUCAGAGUUUAAAGAGAUCAGACUCACUGAGGGCUGUCUGGGGAAUCUGGAAGUAUUCUACAAUGGAACCUGGGGUAAUGUGUGUGUAAAUGGGAUGGAUGAAGAAACAGCAAGUUUGAUCUGUCAAGAGCUGAACUGUGGAAGAUCUGGCAGUGAGAGGGCUUCCAAAGCAAGAGUGGAAUCAGCUCCUAACUGGCUGGAUGAUCUGAAAUGUAGGAAACACGACUCAACUCUGUGGCAGUGUCCAUCUUCACCCUGGGGACAGAAUAAGUGUGAUAAUAGCAAUGAAGUGGCUCGCAUUAUUUGCUCAGAAGAGGACAGUCGUGUGUUACGAAGCCAUCUGAAAUGCUCUUCAUCUUCCCAUCACAAACGGUGCUCAAAUCACCUCCCUCUCAGGCUGAGAGGAGGAAAGAAAAGCUGCUCUGGGAGGCUGGAGGUGUAUUAUAAUAAAACAUGGGGGUCCAUAUGUGAUGAUCAGUGGGACAUCAGUGACGCUCAGGUGGUCUGCAGGCAGCUGGGCUGUGGGCCGGCGCUGAUUGCUGAUGGGAGUCCUGUCUUUGGUGGUGUAGGGCCUAUCUGGCUGAACAGAGUGAAGUGUAGAGGGAAUGAGAUUCACCUGUGGGACUGUCCUCGUUCCCUGAAGAAACACACUGACUGCUCACGCUGGCAAGAUGCUGAAGUCACCUGUGCAGUUGGUCAGACAGUGAACGGAACAACCACUCCUCCACAAAAUCUUCCACCUGCUGUUCCGUCUAUCUAUCCAGUGUCUCUCCUGGUUCUGGGAGUGCUGCUCUUCCUGGCCUUAGCGUUUCUGGUUAUGCUGUUUUACCAGAACAGAGUGCUCAGGAGAGUGCUCUCUAAGAGGGGGCAUAAGACUCUGACUGAGGCAGUCUAUGAGGAGAUUAACCACAGAUACACCACUAAAAGAAAUGAACCAACCCAAAGAGGAAGUAUCCUCUCUGAAGAACAGCAUUCAGGAUAUGAGAAUGUGGAUGAGGAGCUUCUCUCAGAGGAUACAGCAGAGAAUUAUGAUGAUAGCACAACUGCUGAUCAGAGCGCAGCUGUUGUAACAGAUUAUGAUGACGUGGAGGAGGAGCCUCAGACAGAGAUGAAUCAUUCGUCAGAGAACUUCUGUAGAUGGCAGUUUGGUGAGCUGUACAUGAAGUCUGCAGUGUACAGGGUGAAGAGGAACAGUGCCGGGACUGUUCCCUGUGGGGCCCCUGUGCUGCUGAACACCAUGUCAGACACACAGUCCCAUACCCUCACAUACUGCGGUCGGUUGCUUGUCCCUCAGGAGCCUAGACUGUAUGGUCUACACAGUGCUCCCAGGCUUCUCCAGUUGUGGUACCCUCCUGAGCUUCAGGCUCAGGUUGAACAUCUGUCCAACUAUCCCACACAGCUGAUCUGCACAGGACUUAAGGAGCCUGGCGCUGAUGCCAUCCAGACCUGCAGCUUUCCUCACUUUGAUCUUUCUGAACUCUUCCAUCACCUGGGCUGUUGUAAGGCACAUAUUGGAGCAGGGGGGCUGGGUGCUGGGGGGGGCAGUCGCUGUGCUGGGAGAGUGGAGGUUUAUCGUAAUCGACAGUGGGGAACAGUGUGUGAUCAUUAUAAUCAGUGGGAUAUGACAGAUGCUGCAGUGGUGUGUAGAGAGCUGGACUGUGGAGAGGCUGUCGGCAUUCCUAACUUUGGUCCAGGAUCAGGACAAAUGUUGAUGGGAAUAGUGCAGUGUGCUGGAUCAGAGUCUAAGCUGAUUAGCUGUGAUUUUAAUCCAUAUUAUAGUUACUACUGCACUUCUCAUGAUCAAGAUGUUGGAGUCAAUUGCUCAACCAGACUUACUGGUGGUCCUCACCUGUGCUCUGGGAGAGUGGAGGUGCUUCAUGGAGUGACCUGGUCCACAGUGUGUGAUGCUGAUUUUGACCAGCAGGAUGCAGAGGUUGUGUGUCGAGAGCUGGGCUGUGGCCUUCCUUUGGAGGUAGUGGGAGCAGUUGCUUUUGGCAGAGAAGAGGGUCAUGUGUGGUCAGAGGAGCUUCACUGUAAAGGGAAUGAAUCUGACAUUACUCUCUGUCCCAUAUCAACUUCCCUGAAACACAACUGCCAAAAUGAUAACCAUGUGGGACUUGUAUGUUCUGGACACACAGGGGCUCGGUUGAUCAGUGGUUUGGACUCUUGUUCUGGUCGAGUGGAGAUCCAGUACCUCAGUGAGUGGGGCACAGUGUGUGAUGUAAGCUGGGAUAUGAGAGCUGCCAGUGUCCUCUGUGGUCAGCUGAAGUGUGGGAGUGCUGUGGCUGUGUUGGGGUCAGACUGGUUUGGGGAGGGGAGUGGCCGGAUCUGGGCUGAUGUGUUUGAUUGUCAGGGUAACGAAACACACCUGUCAGAAUGUCCCAUUUCAUCAUGGAGUCGAACGGCAUGCUCUCAUAAACAGGAUGCUGGAGUCAUCUGCAGUGGUUCCUCUCUGGCAUUUCAUGAGGGGCGAGUGCGGUUGUCUGGAGGGAUGGAGUGUGAGGGGGAGGUGGAGGUGUACAUCAGGCAGGACUGGAGGAGAGUUCUGCUGGACUCCUGGAGUGAGUCUGAGGCCUCUGUGGUCUGCAGACAGCUGGGCUGUGGCUCUGUGAUCAGCUUCUCCAGCUCCUCUCCAUCCAGUCCUGAACACAGUCACAUGUGUCUGACGGGUUUCAAUUGUUCUGGGAGUGAAGCUCAUCUGGGGAACUGCAGCAGCGCACAAGCAGUCAACUGCAGCUCCAGAGAACAGCUCUCAAUCACCUGCUCUACCAUCAGGUUGGUUGGUUCUGGGGGAGACUGUGCAGGAAGGCUGGAGGUUUUCCACAAGGGCUCAUGGGGGACAGUGUGUGAUGACUUGUGGGAUAUUAAGGAUGCUCAGGUGGUGUGCAGGCAGCUGCAGUGUGGAGUGGCCCUCAGUGCUCUGGUACCAGCCUGGUUUGGACCUGGAACUGGACCCAUAAGGCUGAAUGAGGUGGAGUGUGAGGGGAACGAGACGUCCCUGUGGAACUGCAGAUUUCAGCUGUGUGAAGAGGAUGAAUGUGGACACGAGGAGGAUGUAGGAGUUGUGUGCUCAGAGUUUAAAGAGUUCAGGCUCACUGAGGGCUGUGAGGGGAAUCUGGAAGUGUUCUACAAUGGAACCUGGGAUCACCUGCCUCUCAGGUUGAAAGGAACUAAGGAAAGCUGCUCUGGGAGACUGGAGGUAUAUCAUAACGCUGAGUGGGGGUCUGUCUGUGAUAAACUGUGGGACAUCAGGGAUGCUCAGGUGGUCUGCAGGCAGCUGGGCUGUGGGCCGGCGCUGAGUGCUAACCACACUGACUGUUCCCACAGGCAGCAUGCUGGAGUCACCUGUGCAGUGCUCUCUAAGAGGGGGCAUAAGACUCUGACUGAGGCAGUCUAUGAGGAGAUCGACCGCAGAUACAUCAUUAAAGGAAAUGAUUUGUCUCAUAGGGGAAGUAUCCUCUCUGAAGAACAGCAUUCAGGAUAUGAGAAUGUGGAUGAGGAGCUUCUCUCAGAGGACGUAGCGGAGAAAUAUGAUGAUGUCAUCACUGCUGAUCAGAGCUCAGCUGUUGUAACAGAAGACAUGAGAGAUAUCUAUGAUGAUGCUGUUGCUGCUGGACCAAACUCCAACAUUAAGACAGUGGAUACCCCAGAGAACUAUGAUGUCAUCAGAGCUAAACAGGAUGUAGGAGGGGUAAAAGGUCAGAGGGAGAUGGACAGCUGUGUCGCUCUUAUUCUCCUGUCCUUCACAAUCACACUCACCACAGCUGACAGUGUGAGGUUGGUUGAUGGGGGCAGUCGCUGUGCUGGGAGAGUGGAGGUUUAUCGUAAUGGAACGUGGGGAACAGUGUGUGAUUAUUGGUGGGAUAUGACAGAUGCUGCAGUGGUGUGCAGAGAGCUGGGCUGUGGAGAUGCUCUGGGUAUUCCUAAGUAUGGUCCAGGAUCAGGACCAAUAUUGAUGGGAUAUGUGUGGUGUGAUGGAUCAGAGUCCACACUGAGCAGCUGUUAUUUUAAUCCAUUUUAUGGUCGUCUGUGUACUUCUCAUGAUCAAGACAGUGGAGUCACCUGCGCAGGUGAGAAGCCCAGACUUACGGAUGGUCCUCAUGAGUGCGCUGGGAGAGUGGAGGUAUUUUUUAACAAUAACUGGGCCUCGGUGUGCAAUGCUGGCUUUGACCAGCAGGAUGCAGAGGUUGUGUGUCGAGAGCUGGGCUGUGGGCUUGCUGUGGAGGUGCUGGGAGAAGUUGCUUUUGGCAGAGGGGAGGGUCAGGUGUGGUCAGAGGAGCUUCAGUGUAGAGGCAACGAAUCUCAGAUUUACUUCUGUCCAACAUCAUCUUCACUCAAACACAACUGCACUCAUGACAGUGAUGUCGGAAUAAAAUGUUCUGGUCACACAGGGGCUCGGUUGAUCAGUGGUUUGGACUCCUGUUCUGGUCGAGUGGAGCUCCAGUACCUCAGUGAGUGGGGUACAGUGUGUGAUGUAAGCUGGGAUAUGAGAGCUGCCAGUGUCCUCUGUGGUCAGCUGAAGUGUGGGAGUGCUGUGGCUGUGUUGGGGUCAGACUGGUUUGGGGAGGGGAGUGGCCAGAUCUGGGCUGAUGUGUUUGACUGUCAGGGGAACGAAACACACCUGUCAAAAUGUCCCAUUUCAUCAUGGAGUCGGACUGCAUGCUCUCAUAAACAGGAUGCUGGAGUCAUCUGCAGUGGUUCCUCUCUGGCGUUUCAUGAGGGGCAAGUGCGGUUGUCUGGAGGGAUGGAGUGUGAGGGGGAGGUGGAGGUGUACUUCAGGCAGGACUGGAGGAGAGUUCUGCUGGACUCCUGGAGUGAGUCUGAGGCCUCUGUGGUCUGCAGACAGCUGGGCUGUGGCUCUGUGUUCAGCUUCUCCAGCUCCUCUCCAUCCAGUCCUGAACACAGACACAUGUGUGUGAUGGGUUUCAGUUGUUCUGGGAGUGAAGCUCAUCUGGGGAACUGCAGUAGUGCAGAAACAGUCAACUGCAGCUCCAGAGAGCAGCUCUCUAUUACCUGUUCUGGUAAGUUUAGUUCAGCUCACAGCUCCAUCAGGCUGGUUGGUUCUGGGGGAGACUGUGCAGGAAGGCUGGAGGUUUUCCACAGUGGCUCAUGGGGGACAGUGUGUGAUGACUUGUGGGAUAUUGAGGAUGCGCAGGUGGUCUGCAUACAGCUGCAGUGUGGAGUGGCCCUCAGUGCUCUGGUACCUGCCCAAUUCGGACCUGGAACUGGACCCAUAUGGCUGAAUGAGGUGGAGUGUGAGGGAAACGAAACAUCCCUGUGGAACUGCAGAUUUCAGCUGUGUGGAGAAGAUGAAUGUGGACACAAGGAGGAUGUAGGAGUCGUGUGCUCAGAGUUUAAAGAGAUCAGGCUCACUGAGGGCUGUGAGGGGAAUCUGGAAGUGUUCUACAAUGGAACCUGGGGUAAUGUGUGUUUAAAUAAUAUGGAUGAAGAAACAGUAAGUUUGAUCUGUCAGGAGCUGAACUGUGGAAGAACCGGCAGUGAGAGAGCUACCAAAGCGAGAGUGGAAUCAGCUCCUAACUGGCUGGAUGAUCUGAAAUGUAGGAAACACGACUCCACUCUGUGGCACUGUCCAUCUUCUCCCUGGAGGCAGAACAAGUGUGAUAACAACAACGAAGUGGCUCACAUAAUCUGCUCAGAAGAGGAAAAUCAUCAUGUGUUACGAAGCCAUCUAAAAUGCUUUUCAUCUUCCUAUCAGCGGCAGUGCUCAAAUCACCUGCCUCUCAGGCUGAGGGGAGGAGAAGGAAUCUGCUCUGGGAGGCUGGAGGUGUAUCACAACUCUGAGUGGGGCUCCAUCUGUAAUGAUCUGUGGGACACCAGGGAUGCUCAGGUGGUCUGCAGGCAGCUGGGCUGUGGGCCGGCGCUGAGUGCUGAUGGGAGUGCUGUCUUUGGUGCUGGUGAAGGGCCUAUCUGGCUGAACAGAGUGAAGUGUAGAGGGAAUGAGAUUCACCUGUGGGACUGUCCUCAUUCCCUGAAGAACCACACUGACUGCUCCCACAGGCAGGAUGCUGGAGUCACCUGUACAGGUCAGAGAAGUCUGCAGGAUUUUGGAGUUUCUGACGCCUUUCAAAACCCUUUCCCUUAUGUUAGUACUUUGCAAGGCUUCAAGGACAAGUAAUGCUAUUUUGCAGUUUUUAUGGUGUACAAAGUGACUUACUAAACUAAACAAUAUAUUAUGCUUUGUUGGU